GUUUUUUUUUGGCUGCUGCUGCGUGUUCGUGGGCCGGCCCACCAAAGCGCCGCAGUGAGCGCCAGUUUUGUUCGGCGGCGCUGAACGCGCUGGAUAGGAGGUCCCCCCGAUCCGACCCGACGACCCGGGUCUGUCCUAUCUCCUUUCCUCUUCCCUUCCAGACAGAUCCUGAUCACCAGCAUCGCAAGAGAAAAAAAAAAACGAUCUCCGGCGGCGGCGGCGGCGAUGGUGUGCACCAAGUGCGAGAAGAAGCUGGGGAAGGUGAUCGUCCCGGACAAGUGGAAGGAGGGCGCCAGCAACACCUACGAGGGCGGCGGCCGCAAGAUCAACGAGAACAAGCUCCUCUCCAAGAAGAGCAGGUGGACUCCUUAUGGAAAUACCAAAUGCAUAAUCUGUAAGCAACAGGUGCACCAGGACGGUAAAUACUGCCACACCUGUGCCUAUUCAAAAGGGGUGUGUGCGAUGUGUGGCAAGCAAGUGCUGGACACGAAGCUGUACAAGCAAAGCAAUGUGUGAGUAGGAUACUCAUGUGGUGGACUUGGUAUGUUUGACAUGUAAGAUCAUGACAUCCAUGUACUAGCGAUAUUGCUGUGCAAAAACGUGUUGUAUGCGCGUUAUGAAAAGAACAAAUUUUAACAGUUGUGUAAGCGGGCGCGGUUGUCUCUGUAAUUUGAACCCUUGAGCAAUGUGGAUUUUGCUGCCCUGGCA